GAUGAGGAACUGCAACAUAAGGAAAUUGAUUUGAAGAAGCAUUUGCAAUUCGAUGAAGAAAAGUUACUUGAAUUAAAAGCAGAGCAUCAGACAUUGCAAACUAUUCGCCAAGACCUCGAACUGCUACUGCGUACAAAAACAAAAGGAACGCAGGAACUACAGAAACAAUUGGACGAAGCUAAAGAGGAAUUGGCCCGAAAAGAUAAAGAAAUAACGCUACUUAAAGAAGGCAUGCAAAGCAAAGGAACGGAGGAACUAAAGAAACAAUUGGACGAAGCUAAAGAGGAAUUGGCCCGAAAAGAUAAAGAAAUAACGCUACUUAAAGAAGUCACGCAAAGCAAAGGAAUGGAGGAACUAAAGAAACAAUUGGACGAAGCUAAAGAGGAAUUGGCCCGAAAAGAUAAAGAAUUAAAGCUACUUAAAGAAAUCAUGCAAAGCAAAGAAGGAUGUAUGAGCGAAAUAAUCAAACUCAAGGCAGAGCUGGCGGAUACAGUUGAGAUAAUGAAGAAAAAAGAAGCUGAAAUGCUGAAACAUCUGCAAAACGAUGAAGAACGUUUAAAACAAUCGAAGUCUGAAUUAGAGAAAUUGCAAUCAAUUCGCAAGGACGUCGAGGAGUUGGUUAAGCUGAAGGAUGAAGAACUGGCACGGCUGCGAAAGCUACUCAGCGACCAUGAAAUAGCAAACUAGAUCAUAUCUAAUCCCGCUGUCCAUCACGCUACCACAGUGUUGGUGCUACAGAGAAAAACAUUGUUUACUUCAACUGCAUUAGUUUGUUAUAUUUUAUACGUGCUCAUAACCUUCUUUUAUUAUACUGCUGUGUCACUAAGGUGUAAAACAUGCUUUGCAUUAUUGAAACAAGCUGUAAAUCUGUUCAUUUGUUCAUCAUUUUCCAAGUGGUUGGAUGACGUGCAGAACGAUGUAACAGAAAUCUCCCUUUUACCAGGAAACAUGCUCAAUGUGUUCAGUGGCAGGUCACAUUGUCAGUGAUAACUAAAACAACGUUGUUUUUGAAGAGGUUAGAUCCCGAUAAUGAUAAAUUGAUUUCUCUUUUAUUUUACUGAAAAUUAAGGAAUCGUCAAACUAGAAUGGAAUAAGUAUAGAGCAACACGUUGACCACGAUAUCCAAAUACUAAAGCUUCAUCGUCUUGUACUUUGUUAUUUGAAUCAGAAUGUUACCACAAAGGAGGGUGCAUUUAUUAACAACACACUACUCAAAUUGUCCGUUGCAUGACGAGAUGUGUACUUUGGAAAUUUAAGUUGUGUUUGAAAUGUUCCCAAUGAGGCCUUAUGGCGGUGUCAUUUGGAUUGUUCACUUUCCCUGGAUGGUGCCUAAGAGAAUAUGAAUACAAAUUAAUAAUUACAUCUUUGUGAAAAUAGGCAAAUACUGGAAAGCAUAUUUUCAAAAUUACAGGAUAAUUCCCAAAUGAACCGGCGGACUGGGAUUGCAAAGCAGGUGCUGUAGGAGAUUGGUUUGAUGCGGUUAUUUGUUGACGAUUUCUCAUCUGCUCCAAAAGUGUUCAAUAUAUUGAAAUCCAUACCACAUCUCUGUACGGAAAUGCUGCCUAUCGUGCGGAGCAUUCCAGUCUUUUCACUGUCUAUUCACACGUUUAGUAUUACAAAUGAAUGCCUGUAUUUAGAUACCUUAGAAUUAGACAGGUUCAGUGCAUCUUAGAUUUCUGUUGAAUUCCUUGAUAUUACUAUAAAACGGUUAGAUUCGGAAAAUUACUUCCCCUUCCAAUGAACCUCUAAGAUAAGCUUAAAAACUGAAAAGAGGAAACCGGUUCGUACGAGUGUUUUACCACAAUUUCGUAAACAUUGGACGAUAUAGACUUAACUGAACAUAAACCGCCACCAAACCAGUCUCGUUAUUUGUUGGAGAUUAAGCCGCAGUAUGUGAUCAAACAAUGGAAGGAAAAUAACAUCAAUAUCUUCCAGGAUCACGAGAAUGAUGAUAAACUAUAUACUUUAGCAAAUUUUGCUCCCGUAAUAAUGUGUUCUGAUGAAUUACACAGCGAGGAAUGGAUCGCAUCAUAUACAUGUUUAGUUAACGUACACGAUUAUCUGUUGAGCUGCACGAUAACACAACGUCAAAUUUACACUUAAAAUCUCACAGUACAAUUUGCCACGACUUGAAUUCCAGACCGCGAAUUUGCGUUCCAAUUCCAUGAUCUACCGCCAUUGUAUUCAUUUUCUGAGUUAUAUAUGUUUCCUUAUUCACACAACUAAUAUUUCAGUUCAUAUAUUGUUCGGCUGGUUUGGAAAUUAAUAAAAAAUAUA